CCUCACGAUAAAUUGUGAUCUGACUGAUCUGUGGAUCGCAAGAGGAGAAGAUGGAGCUCUAUCGUGGGAUCGAUUGGAGCACGAAUAGGCCAAGCUUUAGGCCAAGCUUCGACGGCGCCGGCAGAGGUGGAGAGAGGUACAACCAAGCUUUCAUUAGUCGAUGCCCGGUAUCGACGAAGCCGAAAACGGAGUAUACUGCGGCACUGCCCGUCUUGUUCUUGUGCAUAGUUACCCCCGAGUGAGUCACUGACUUGGGAGUUAGGACUAUGGUACCUCCAUGUCCUACGGUUGCGAGCGCUCCGGACCAUAAACCACCAUGACGGUGGGCACAACAUCGAGAGUCCUUGUUUCUCAUUAUGCAUUUCCAGCAUCCUUCGUUCAUCUCAUACCUGAGAGCUGUCUCUCUGGUUGGUGUUCUCCAUGCAGCCUACGCAGUGCCUGUAUCUCAGAGCUCUUCUGCCGUGGGUGACUGGGCUGGAGCAGCUGGAGAUGACGAGUCCAACGGUGGUGCGCCGCUUCGGGGCAGUAAGACCCUACUUGGCCAAAUCGCCAACGAGGUCAAUCGAGCAAGCAGUGGUGACGUUCCCAAGUCCUCAUACCAGCUUGCGCCUGGCCAAGGUGCGGACGCAGAGAUUGGCAUUCCGUUCACGUUCAAAGACACAUUGAACCCGCAGCCAAUUCGAGGUGAUCUGGGUGGUACCGAUCCGGGACCACGUACAUACGGAUACGACCGUCUUAAUCCCGACACACUGGCUCCCCCAGAAUCGGACAGCGGCGAAGUACCCCAGGGCAAGUGGCCGAUGGGGUUGUCGCAUAAUCGUAUUCUGCCGGGCCGUGCUGGGUGGUCGCGACAGGAGAAUACAGACGUACUGCCAGUUGCAACGGCUAUGGCCGGAGUAGACAUGAAGUUGUCACCCUGGGCGUAUCGAGAGCUACAUUGGCACAAGGCAAAUGAAUGGAGCUUGGUCAUGAAUGGCAGCGUCCGCGUACAGACCAUGAACGAGGAUGGCGAGACAUUUGUUGACGAUGUCACGGCUGGGGAUGUGUGGUAUUUCCCCGCCGGUGUCCCUCAUUCUCUUCAGGCUCUGGAUGAGGGUGCUGAAUUUAUGCUCGUGUUCGACGAAGGCGACUUUAAUGAUGGAGGCACCGGUCUCAUAUCAGAGAUGUUCCUUCGCAAUCCGAAGGAGGUAUGGUCAAAGGACCUUAAUGCACCGCUUUCAGCCUUCGAUGAACUGCCCAAGGAUCAGCUCUAUAUUUUCAACGGCUCUCCAGCCGGGCCCCUGAGCUCGCAGAAUGUCACUGGGCCUGGUGGAGUAGCCUCGGGUUCUCAGAGCUACACAUACCAUUUCUCUAAGCAGGCACCAUACGAGGUUCCUGGAGGAAGCAUCAAGAUUCUUGACCCGCAAACCUUUCCCAUUGCCGAGAUGUUCAGCGUAGCGUUGGUGACUAUUCACCCAGGCGCCAUGAGAGAAGUCCACUGGCAUGGUACCAGUGAUGAAUGGGGUUUCUUCCUUUCCGGGAGCGCCCGUGUCAGUGUAUACGUCGCGCCCACUUCAGGUGCGACUUUUGAUUUCUCUGCUGGCGAUGUCAGUUAUGUUCCUGCUACUGCGUCCCAUUAUAUUGAAAACACGGGCGACGAGGAUGUUGUCUUUCUGGAGGUCUUACAGGCACCUCGAUUCACUGAUAUCUCAGUCGGCCAAUGGCUGAAACUCACUCCGAGACAGAUUGUCCAAGACCAUUUGCAUCUGCCGGAUAGCGUACUUGACAAUCUGUCUCCAAACAAGCAGUAUAUAGUGCAAGGGAACACAAACCUGACUGCUCUUGCUAGCGGAAAUGGCACCGCAUGAGAAAAACAGCCGACAUAAUGCUCUUGAUGUACAUACUAAGUCGGAUGUACUGUUUAUAGCAUUUGAAAUAUACAUACAUAUGAUAUAUCCGG